CUCUCCCGACAAACAAGGAAGAAGGCGGUGGUGGCGGCGGUUCCUUCUGGCCACAAGGAAAAAAGGGAGGAUGCUGGGAUGGAGUUACUUCUCGACGCCGUCGACAGCCAGCAGGUCAGCGAUGACGAGCUAAUCGGGAGGCAUGGUGGAGCUCGCUGCCGUGCGGAUGCAUCUCCGACUAGGUCGGCGCAGUCCACUGACAGAGUGAAUCCGGAAGUUCCUGGAUGGACAAAAAGAUUAUGGCUAAGGAGUGCGCCACCAGACAGGACACCAUGUCUGUCACGGAUGAGCGCGCUCGAGGAGUCGAUCCGCAAGUUUGGCGAAUUCAGAAUAAGGUACGGUAAGAGCUGGCUAAACGUCGAGAGGACAAGGUGUCAAAGUGAAUGCAAGAAAUCGUCUGCGGCUGCUCGGGGAAACCAGAGGCGGAGAAUAGUAGGUCAUGCCGAUGUAAGUGUGCUGCAUUGAUAAGGCUGCUGCGUGUGUUCGACAACAAUUGGUACAUAACAGAGAAAGCAGAUGGCCCAUGACAAAAUAUAACAAAGGCUAUCUGGAAACAAUCUUUUUCAAGCUGGCUGGAAUUCUCGUUGAUGUCGCGCAAAAGGAACUCUUUUGCUGCACGCAAGUUGUGAACCCCCGUCUUGUUCAUUUCAACUGUACCCUUUAUGAACUGAAUUGCUUCAGGGUUUAUGUUGGCAUCUCUGCCUUUGAUUUUGUGACGACCGCAAGGGAUCCCAAAGACUUUGCACUCAUCCUCAACCCAGAACUUGAGGACCUUGCUGUCUGUUAGCACUAUCUCUCUUGGACUGACACUUACUCUGCUCAUUAUCCAAGAGAAGGUAAUAACACCGAAGCUGAUAAUGCAUGUAUUACAUGUAAAAUAGGAGUGGAAGAGGUGAUGUCCAGCUACAUGAAGAAUUGUACUAUUCAGUUAGAAUUCGAGGAAUAAAAUAAGAGAUACAGUGAGUUCCUGUUCAAUCCAUUUUUGUUGCCUUGCCUAUCAUGCCUUCAUUGAACCGAAAAAAUGGACUA